GGUAACCCCCAUUGAUUACUAUUCAUCGUCAUAUUUUCAGAGAUCUAAUAUUUUCUAGAGAGAGAGAGAAUGGAUGCCAUUGACUCAGUUUUCGAUCCUCUGAGAGAAUUCUCUAAGGAUAGCAUACGUCUCGUUAAGCGCUGCCACAAGCCCGAUCGCAAAGAAUUCUCCAAGGUUGCACUCCGUACGGCGAUUGGGUUUGUGGUGAUGGGAUUUGUGGGCUUCUUUGUGAAGCUUAUCUUCAUUCCCAUCAACAAUAUCAUCGUUGGAUCUGGUUAGGUAUGCUCUGCAUGCCGUUCUUUCUUUCGUUUUUCUCCGCCGAUUGUAAUCUUUAAUUCUACCUAUUUUUUUUUGGGCUUCGGUCUCCGAUUUUGAGAUGAAACAAGUUACCUGAAAAAAAAAAAUUGAUCUUGAUUUUGAGAACUAAGAUUAUAAGGUAGAUUUCAAAAUUAUCUGUAUAUUGCUUAAGAUUCUGGACAAUUUAGGUUUAUAAUUGGAUAAUUAAUAUUGACUUGUUUUUGUCUAUAACCAAUUACAAAAACAAUACAUACAUGGGUGUUCAUCGAAUGCCGUUUUGAUACACAAUAUUUUCUUCAAUUGAUUUGUUCUUAAUCUGUUCUUAAUUAUUAGUUAGUGGGAUGCAAAAGCUGAAUGUUUUUUAUUUUCCUUUUGUUGAAUUGCAGUGGCCAUUUUGUUAGGUGCAAGAAAGGAAGGAAUUGU